AUGGAGUCAACCUCACUCACAACUCCUGCCCCUGUCCCUGCCCCUGUCCCUGUCCCUGUUCCUGCCAUUACUCCUACUCCUAUUUCUCUGACUGUUCCCGUUCCUGCCACAGCGACUACCUCUACCUCUACGACAACCUCUAUUUCGACUUCAAUUUCGACCUCUACCUCUACCUCUGCUUCAGUGUCUGCGAUUGUCGUGAGUGUGGUUGUGCUCAUUGUCGGACAACAUGAAACCUGCGACAAACCUCUAGACCUUUUCCUCAUUGUGUUCGUUGUACGAGCUGGUGUGGUCUGGCCUUUUGAUGUUCGCCAGCGUAUAAAGAGUGCAUUAAAUACACAAGUAGAAAACAGUGAGCAUGUUUCCAAAGAUUGGGCUGACAGAGCAAAAUAUCUGCUUGAUUUGUUUUCAAUUCUGUGGUUUAUUGUAGGAAACUACUUUUUAUUCACAUCAGACAAUUGCUCUACGGAUGCCCCUCGUCUUUACUAUACAAUUCUUGUCUGGACCAUAUUUGGUUAUCUUAUUGUUCUCAUACCCACACUUCUUUGCAUCUCGGCUAUUUUCUGUCUGCCUAGUGUGUUACAUGUAAUGCGCCUAUUACAUCUCUACGGUAUUGACGGACUUAAUCAGGGUGCCACCGACACCGAGAUUCAGGACAUGAUUACCCUGCGUUACAGAACAUCCGAAGACGGCUCCGACACACACCAGGCCGAAAAGUCAAUCGACAAAAGACGCCGCUGGUUUUCUAGAUUGGGUUUCGGACAGCGCAAACAGAUUCAAGAUACCGAAGUUGUCUAUGACACCAUCACAUUUAGCCAGCAGCAACAGCAAGAAGGAGAAGCACUCUGUGCCGUCUGUCUAGCAGACUAUGAAGACAAUGACCUGAUCUGCAAACUAUGGUGCUCUCAUCAUUUUCACAAGGAUUGUGUACAGCAGUGGCUAAAACUCAAUCGAAAAUGCCCCAUGUGUAAGCAGGACUUCCAAGGCAAAAACUUGUCCCAGGAUGAGGAUUAA